AUCAAGAUGUUGGUUAGGACAAAAGGGUUAUAUCUGAAUACAUUAUUUUCGGUAAAUAGCUUUAAAGCUUAUAUACAGAAGAUUCAUUCUGUCGCUUUGCAUCUUCUUCGCCGUCUAGACAGGCUCCACUCAUUUGGCUGUUUGCACUCAAAUUUUGAGUGAUGUUUUUGAUUGGUUCUCUUGUUUGAAAUUGCACAGCCGUCUGCCAUUCUAAAAAUAAUCAAAUGGGGGGGCACUGUGGCGCAAGCAGUAGCCCCGAUCAUAUACGGGCUUGAACGCCCACGGAGACACAGGUUCGAAUUCGACCCGCUGUCAUUUCCCGAUCCCACUCCCCAACAUCUCUCUCCAUCUCAUUUCCUGUCCAAACCUUACCUGUCCUAUCUCAUUAAAGGCAAAAGCCCCCCAAAAACAAAAUGUUUUUAACAGGGUAACUAGUAAUAUGUACCCUAUUACAAUUAAUGAUCCUUUCCAACCAUGGCUGAGAUGGUCAUAAAAUAAAUAACUUUUAACACCAUUCUGAUAAUGCUAAGGUGACAAAUUGAUAACUGGAGAUAUGCAACUUCAAGCUCAUUUCUACAAGCACCUUUAUACCAAUGUCUGAUGUUGUUGUGUGAAAUGCAGUAUUUAAGUAUUUUCUCUCAACUAUGAAGGUAACACAUCACUGCACAAAAGGUCAAGAUGUCGUAAAUCCCAGUCCAAAGAAACAGAUGUUUGCUGUCCACCAAAAAGGUCAAAGAGAACCAAAGUCACACAAAAGGCCAAAGAAAACUCGUCUGUUAAUUCACUGGGAGAUAACCCUGAAAAUAUUGUCAAACAUGUGGUCACCUUAUCCAGCCGCCGACAGUUUGUCCCCAUCAGUCCCGCAGCCAUUCCUCAGGUCGUGCCCAUCACUGGCAUCGCUAACUUUAACACUGCGGCUCUGCUUCCUCCUAGUGGUGCCUAUCAGAUCAUCCAGACCCAUGUGCUAAACCCUGCUAAACCAGGAUACAGGAUACCUCCAGCAGAACCCACUUACAUCUUUGUUGCAGUACCCACCACGCCUCGGAAGCAGAUGCCACAAAUUGUUCCCCUCUCCCCCGUCAGUGGCACUGUUGCCCCUGAGCUCCUGCUGAUCAGCCCAGGGAGCUCCUUAUCAGACAGCAGUAACAGAACCACAACCCCAGAACCUGCCGCCCUCUCAUCUCCUACUACAGCUCCUGGCUCAGUGUCUCCUCCAGAGUUCCUGGCUAUGAGUCCCGGGAGCCCAUUAUCAGAACGUAGUAACGGAACCACACCUGGGGUACCUGGGAGCCCAUUAUCAGAACGUAGUAACGGAACCACACCUGGGGUACCUGGGAGCCCAUUAUCAGAACGUAGUAACGGAACCACACCUGGGGUACCUGGGAGCCCAUUAUCAGAACGUAGUAACGGAACCACACCUGGGGUACCUGGGAGCCCAUUAUCAGAACGUAGUAACGGAACCACACCUGGGGAACCUGUCACUGUCUCGUCUCCUACAAUAGAGGGGAGCACUUGUGAAUCAGCUGAUAUUGCCACAAAUCCCCAACCUGAGCAGGUUGAAGAGGAGCCUGUGUGUGUUGCGAGCUACCUGCAGCAUGUGAAGUCAUGCAUGAGAGAAUCCUGCGGGGAGCUCGAGAAGGACAGGAGCAUGGAGUCCCACUAUGUUGAUGUCCAUCUGCUUCAGAGGAAAGUACAGGUGAAGUCCGGGAAGAACGCCAACAAGUGCCUCGAGAAAGAGAUGGUCUUCCUCAGUGAGGCGGAGCGGAGGAAGGCCACACUGACCAGGAAGCAAGUGUUCAACGACGGCCAGAUGAGGAAGAAGCAGGUGAUCACACUCCUGGGGAAACCUGGGACGGGCAAGAGCACGUUUAUUAAACGGCUCUGCCUCGACUGGGCCAAGGGAGGCCUGCCGCGGUUCCGCUACGUCUUCUCGCUAAACUGCAAGACUUUCAAUCUGACACAGCCCGACUACAGUCUGAGGAGGCUGCUCUUUGAUCUACCUACGUCUCUUCACUGCGAAGACCCGGAGGCCGUGUUCAAACACGUGGUUUCCACUCCCAAAGAGGUUCUCAUUAUUUUCGACAGCUUCGAGGACUUCAAAGACCACGAGGGGCUCCUUCACUCCCCCGCCACCUGCGCCAAGGCAGGGGGCUUCAGCAUCAAGCAGCUGUUCUCAGGCCUCUUCCUAAAGCGCCUUCUAAAAGGGUGCACACUUUUCAUUUCCACGAGACCCAGUGGUGUCUUAACCCCGCUGCUACGCAAAGUGGACAGCAUUUUGGAGCUUCGCGGCUUCUCUCCCGUGGAGAUCGACCUAUACGCCUCGCGAUAUUUUACGGACGUGCCGCGCGGUGCCAGCGCCCUGACUAAAAUGAAGCUCCAAAAGUAUGUUUACAGCUUGUGCUCCAAUCCUCUGCUGUGCCGGUACACGUGCUUUCUGCUGGACUACCACUUGGACAACAGGCAUUACGCCUUGCCCUCGACCCUCACGGGUCUGGCACUGAGAGUGCUCUCCCUGUGCCUUAAGCUAACCUCGCAAACGCAAGACCAGGAGACGCCAGAUAUUUCCCGGCUGUGCACACUGGCAUGGGAUUUCCUCAGCACCCACAACUGCCUCGCGACGGACGAGCAACUGGGAUCCACGGACCUCAGGGAUUAUGGGCUUGCCACCGAAAUACUCGCUUCUCAUACCGUGGGUAGCUCUGACAGCACGGGUGAGACGAUAAGCUACUCUUUUGCUCAUGCCCUCAUCCAAAACCUCCUGGCCUCUUUGCACCUGGUCUUGUCAGACAAUGUGAACGACAAGGCGCUGGUCAGCCAGACCAUGGGGACCAGCAGGAGGAGGAGGCCUCAGGGGGAAUGGCUGGCCAUGGUGCAGCAGUUCACCAUGGGGCUCCUCUUCCAGAACUGCAAGCUCCAAGUGAGCAGCAUCUUACACACCACCACCAGCACAGCCAGCACGGCCAAGAAAAAGGCCAUGGAGUCCCACGUAGAGUCCCUCAAGGCUGGGGAGAUGGCUCCGGGGAAGUUGCUGGAGCUGUGCCACUGCGUGUACGAAACGAGCAGCAAGAAGCUGAUGAAGCACCUGGUGAAGAACCUCCCAGACACCAUAAGUCUCUGCGGAGCUCAGCUGACUCCCCCAGACGUGUACGUCUUCUGGCACCUACUGCAGAACACCAAAGCACUCAAGAGGCAGUUCUGCAUUGACGUGCAGGACACAGGCAUCACCCUCUGUGGUCUGAAAGAGCUUGUCGGGCUGGACUGUGUCACCUCCUACAGGGCACCCUUGGCAGACACCAUUGCCAUGUGGGAAGAGCUGCAGCAAAGUGGUGAGACAGACCUCCUGGGGAGUGCUAUGAACAAGCUCACCCUUCACCCAUUCAAGGCAACACAGGAAGACCACAUCAACAACCUGGCUCUACUCAUUCAGAUCCACCGAGACAGAAACUUGCCACACAGAUAUUCUGCAUCACUGGAACACAAUAUACCAGCUGUCAGGCAACUCGAGAAGCUUGAUUUUGAGCUGGGUCCCAACACUGGCCCUGUGAUCUUUCCAAAGCUCGCCCUCAUCAUACCCACUCUUGGAAGCCUGAUUCAUUUAGACCUUGAGAAAAACAUGAUAGGCAACUCAGGGGCAGAGUUGCUGGCUGAUGUUUUGAAUUCUUUAUCAUCGCUGAAAAUGCUGAAUCUGUCUCAGAACUCAAUCGGAGAUAGGGGGCUAGAGAAGCUUGCACCGGCUCUCGCUGCCACGCCCUCUCUUCAAGGUCUCAGUCUGUACAAUAACCUGAUUGGGGAAGGUGGAGCGGAGAGACUUGCUUUGGUCCUACCAGAGAUGCGGUCCCUGAUAGACCUUGAUGUGGGCUUUAACAACUUCGCUAAUGUCGGGGCGCAGAAGCUGAGCGACAGCCUGAAAUGUUGUCCUUGGAUGAAGUCUCUUGGGCUGUGGAACGCUUCCAUAACGUACGGCAAACUCCAGCAUCUGCACCAACUGGAUAAAAGGAUAAGGAUUCAACACCUUUAGAUGGUAGUGAGAAGAAUGAAGUACAUCAAUGCUGCUAAACUCGUAUGAACACUAUAGGGCUAUGUUGUAGCCCCAUACAACCUGCUGCACCUUUUUUAAACGUCUGUAAAAAAAAAAUCACUUUCUGUCUGCACUAAGUCUUUUAAGGUCUGUUUUUUGCACUGCUCCUAUGCAUUUCAUAAUAAAACACUUGCUAACCCA